GCAUUAUAAGGAUGGGACCGGUGGAUUGCCAUUGCCAUCUCGCGGCGCCUGAAUUUCAAGAGGUGGGCAGUGUUGGGAGGGAAAUUGCUUUCUUCUGUAGUAGGCGGCAGAAUCCCCUCACCAUGGCAGCUCCGGCUGGCGGGGCGGCUAGAGCCUGGCGCUGGUGGCGGGGCGGCUGUACCAGGUGGGUUUCCUCCCCGGCCGACCUCCCUCACUCCCGCCCGCCCAGGCUCCGCGCGAAGGUCGGGGCACGGAGGUUCGUGGGUGAAUGGGAGGGAGGGAGGGAGGGAGGCGCUUGGCUGCGGAUGGAACAGAACCUCUUGGACAAAAGGUCAGAUCAAGAAACAUCCCUGUGCAAGGCAGGCUUCCUUCGGGGCCUCCCAGCAUCCCAGUGGGUUUAGGCAAGGAUGUUGAAGAUAUAGUGGAAGAAGCAAAACAGGCUAAAGUUUUAGCCCUUGUUGUAGUUGCUGAACAUUCAGGAGAGUUUGAAAGAAUUAUUCAGCUUUCAGAAAGGUAUCCAGGAUUUGUCUUUUCAUGUCUGGGUGUUCAUCCAAUUCAGAGAAUUCCAUCAGGAUGUGAGCGCAGUGUUACUUUAAAGGAUCUGGAUGAAGCCUUGCCACUCAUGGAACUCCACAAGGACUGCUUGUUGGCCAUUGGAGAGGUUGGUCUGGAUUUCACUCCCAGGUUUGCCAGCACUGAUGAACAGAAGGAAGAGCAGAGACAAGUCUUGAUCAAACAGAUUCAGCUAGCAAAGCAACUUCAUCUCCCUUUAAAUGUCCACUCCCGCUCAGCUGGAAGACCAACCAUUAACCUCUUAAAGGAGCAAGGUACUGAAAGAGUGUUGCUCCAUGCAUUUGAUGGCAAGCCUUCAGUGGCCAUGGAAGGGGUGAAGGCUGGAUAUUUUUUCUCCAUUCCUCCUUCUAUUAUAAGGAGUGAACAGCAGAAGCUUGUGAAGCAACUUCCUCUAGACAGCAUUUGCUUAGAAACAGACUCUCCUGCACUGGGUCCUGAGAAGCAGGUGAGAAAUGAACCAAAGAAUAUUUUCAUUGCUGCGGAAUACAUUGCUAAAAUUAAAGGCGUUUCACUGGAAGACGUUAUAGAUGUGACAACACAGAAUGCCCUGAAACUCUUUCCCAAACUGAAAAACUUUCUUCAGAAAUAGUUGGUGUGCUACAGUGCUGCUGUCAAAGCAGACAAUAUUCUUGUGAAAUGACCCUGCUGUAGAUCAAGUUAUAACUUCACCUGUUAUCUAAUUUCAGCUAAUGAUCAGUAUGUCUUGGUUUUUUAGUUGAACAGUUUAGCCAAAUGCAGAAUUAUUUUAACCCUUUUGAUUUAGUUUGGCAGUAUUUGGGAUUAAGAUAAUAGCCUUUGUUGCUUUGUGUAUCCUGCUUUUCUCCCAUGGAUUUAAUCCUCACAACAACCCUGUGAGGUAAAUUGGGGAAAGAACCAUCUUAGGAACUUUGGGGUUGAAUGGAGAUUUGAACCUGGGUAUUCCAAGUUUAACUUCAGCUUUCUCACUUUCUGUUCCAUACUGGUUUUAAGCUGAAGCAAAAGUUUUGGUCUGUAACUUGGGAAGCCUUUCGGGAGGGUAGCCCUGUUGGUCUGCAGAAGAAGAGUUAUACUUGAGUCCCACAGCAUCUUAGAUGUCAGUGAAAUCUUGGAGGUACAAGCUUUCAAGACAAAGGGAGAUUUGACUCUUGAAACCAGCACCCCAGAAAUCUUUUUGGUCUCUAUGGUGCUACUAGAUUAAGCUUUGACUCUCAAAAGCUUAUACCCUAAAACAUUGUUGAUCUCUAAGGUACUACUAGACUUUAGGAAACCUUGACACAUAAUCUCUAAUUGACUUGAGUGUCAACAUUUGCAAAAGAUUCAGGGUUUAUGGAUUGUUCUGCUGUGUCUAAAUCUCAGUUUACUAAGGACUGCUUUACACAUGUUUCCUAUACUGGUGUACAUGGCUGCGGGAAAAAAUACAGCACUGUAUGCAAGGAUGACACAUGUGGUUGUCAACUUGUAUAUGCAUAUUCAGAAACUGUGAUGGGUCACGGUUUCCCCUUGUGGAUAUACAUACAUAGUAAAAAUAUUUAAACAUGA